CUCGUUGCCAGAGGCCACAGCGACCACACGUCUUCAUCUCCAAGUAGUUAGACAUGAAUUCUUUUAAAAAGGAAGCUCAUGAUAUCAAACAUGUCUGCAACAUGUCUAGAACAGAUAUGGACAGCUAGCUUCACCAUAAUAACUUCAUUAUCGUUACAUGAAUGCCCUAUCUCAAUGUGUAUGUGGUAAUCAAUUGGCCUGCCCAUCAAACCUGUAGGGCACUUACCCUCCUCCCAGUCCCUACAAUUUGUUCGACCGGUGGAAGACAAGGCCAUGUGAUGCUGAAAGAACUAUGUACCAACUGGGAUUUAGGUCUAGGAUCCAAAUUAAGGAGAGAAACAAUACCCACUAUGUCUAUAUAAGAUCCAUCUAAACUUGCUUCAGAACCAACACAUUGGUGAUCAAGAUUCUCGUCUGAAAUCACAAUCUUAACACCACUUUCAUCCAAAAAAACAAAAGCUAUGGCUAUUGGCUUACCAGGUACUCUUGCUAAGCAAAUCCUGCGACGGUCAGGAUCUGGCUCAAGCAAAGCAAGUUCAAGGUUUCUAGACGUGCCAAAAGGUUUCCUAGCAGUGUAUGUCGGGGAGACCCAGAAGAAGCGAUUUGUUGUUCCAGUGUCCUACUUAAGUCAGCCUUCAUUCCAAGAUUUAUUGAGCAUGGCUGAAGAAGAGUUUGGCUUUGAUCAUCCAAUGGGUGGCUUGACACUUCCCUGCAGUGAAGACAGAUUUACCCAUGUCACCUCUUGCUUCAGCAGAUCAUAAGGGAGAAAGCGGUUCAACACAAUUUUGUAUAUGAAUUAGAUAGCAUGAGAGUAAAUAUUCAAUGUAGAUUACUUCCGUCCUGACUUAUCCAGAGCAAAUGAGAUGGAUGACAUGAGUGUACAUGGGUAUAGCAAUAUAUGUACUAUUGAAUAGAAAGGCAGUCAUUUCUCAUCGCACAAUCUUCGUCUUCUUCCUACCUUUCAGCUUGAAGUCUGGUAAUUAAGAGAGAAGUGUUGCUGAUAAGCAUAUGGACCCUCUGUAUAACAUGUGAAGUAUUAAGAUUGCCGUCUAUUGCUCCUGUAUUAAUCCAUGAAUGUAAGUUCUAUAUACUUAAUCUGUAAUGAGCAUAUUGAAUUUUGCUCAGUUUUCCAGACAAUUAAAAUUUUAUUGUUAAAACACGGGUAGGAGUCAAACAUGGUGCCCAAAACCACAGAACAACACAGCCUACAUCUUAACUCAACCAUACAUGACGUUUACCUCUGUUCAGUGAGCCAACAACUUUUAGUAGUGUAGCUAGACCUGAUGAAGCACACAUUACUAAUAUUCCAUGAACCCAUACGGACAAUAGCAUACUUGACUCGAGUCUAAUUUUGGUCCUUCUCCAGAAACCAGGCUCAAUCUGCUUUGAGGAAACUUUUCCUACAUUAAAAUGUGGUUACUUUCAGCUCCGGACACUUUUGCUUACUGUUUAUUGGCAUGGAAGUUUAAGAAUUUGCUCAUAGGUGAGCCAACUCAUAUGAUACCAAUAGAGGGAAGCAAGAGAUCUGAAGGAUAAACUUGACCAACAAAUAUCAGGAACAAGAAAUCCAUUGCAUGGAACAUAUAAUAUUUUCAAGAUUUUGAGAUAACACAGUCCUGUUUGGGGGAAACUACAUCACUAAUGUUUGAACAUAUGCUUUAUAUUUAAGCUUUCACAAGCACAGCCAGACUUUCUUUUCUAGUUUGUCAGGUUAGACGUCAGUCUUAGAUGAAUGGAAAAAAUAUGACCAAGGGCAAGGACCAUGUUGAAUGCCAAAACACGGAACCCCCACAAGACGACUAGGGGUUUGGUGGACACUUUAGACCCUCCAAUAGAUAAAGCCCCAACUGAAGAGCGGACUCGGCUUCAUAAAUAAAAUUACCAUAAGCUU